GACUAUUAUGCAUGAACUCUUGAUGUUCAGCCCUCUUAUUCUGUAUUUUUUGCCUCCUUCCAAUUAUCAUUUGCUUUUAUAAAUCACCAAAUCUAGAGAAACAUGAUCCAAGCCCAGUAUUGCAAAGCAUGUUUCUUUCAUACCCAUUUCAUUCUCCCUUGCUUUUCUGUGCAUAGAUGCUUCAUGUGUUUGAAAAAGUUCCAGGAUUCAAAGAAAUUCGUGUUCUGGGGUUUCGCUCCGAGGAUGUGUCUGUGCGCUACGCUGUGGUCUUUAAUGGAGAGACAGAGCUCAGUGAUGAUCUUGAGGAGACGGAGACAGAUGAGGAUGUAAAUACUCCUAAACUGAAGCACAUCAUUGUAAAGGCCUUAAAUGAGGAUCCAUCACUGCCGCUGGACAUACAGACACUCAGCUUUAAGGCUGUAACCACAAUUCAUCCAGUUGCUGAGCUCGGAAUGAACUCUGUUGAGAACACAGUAUAUGAGGACAACACUGCAAAGGCCCCGACAGUGGACAGCUCUCCCACUCAAAGUUUCUUCCCCACUGUGGCAGUUAAAGAAAACUCUCUGGAAGCUUCUACAAUCAAACCAGAAACACACACCUUUGUGCCUUUCAUCCCAAACAUCCUCCCAGAAGCCACUUCUGCCAUCAGUGAUGAGUCUCCUUUGAUGGAAGCAGUAGAAGAGGAAUCCACGCAAGAUCCUCCUGAAGAGGCCGGUGAAAUUAUAGCUCUAGACAAAAUACUAGAAGCUACCACAGAGCCGGAAAAGGAGGAGGCAGAGCCAGAGGUAGAGGAAAUGCCACCAACUGAACAAGACGACAGAGAACCUGAACCAGUUGAUGGGGUCAAUGAGGAAAAUCCAGAGCUACAGAAUUGGGAUCUUCCCCCAGCAACUUCAGACUCCCAACCUGAAGAAGUGAUGAGUGGUAAACCUGGUGAAGUUAACCUUGAUGUACCGGAGUCUACAGAUGCUACAGUAAUGGAAGUAUCUGUCAUAGAAGCCACAGUUCCAGUCUCCACACUAUCAUCUCAUGAAGAUACAAUCCAAGGCAUUGAACCAGAAACAGAUGCGGAGCCUUUACCAUCUCCUGCAGAGAGCGGCGAAGCCCCUGAAGAUGGAGAUGAGUCUAGUGGAAGGCAUAGUGGAACGACCCCGGUCUCAAUGGACCUUCCUGCUGAGAACUCAAACAUUCAAGAGGGUGUAGGAGCGAGUCAGAACGGGAUGGAGGUGGAAGUGACCGAGCUUCUUGAGGAAGAGAUUGGUAGUGGAUUCCCAUCAGAGUCUGAACGCCCGUACGAAUCCAGCCCUGCACCAGCCAUGAGACAAGCCAGUACCCCUCUGAUGACUGCAGUGGACAAGAGCAAAGAGUUAGUGGUUUUCUUUAGCUUGAGGGUCACUAACAUGAUGUUUUCUGAUGACCUGUUCAACAAGACCUCCCCGGAGUAUAAAUCACUGGAGAAUACCUUUCUUGAGCUGCUUCUGCCAUAUCUUCAGUCCAAUUUGACUGGAUUUAAGCAGCUGGAAAUCCUCAACUUCAGGAACGGUAGUGUUGUGGUGAACAGCAGGAUGAAACUGGACAAGCCGGUACCUUAUAAUGUCACGGAGGCUGUGCACUGUGUGCUCGAAGACUUCUGUAAUGCAGCAUCUAAACGGCUUGACAUCGAGAUCGACAGUCGCUCCUUGGAAGUGGAACCAGCUGACCAAGCAGACCCCUGCAAGUUCCUGGCCUGCAAUGACUUUUCACGCUGCGUGGUGAACAGUUGGACCAAUGAGGCGGAGUGUCUGUGUGAUCCGGGCUACAGCACCGUGGACGGCCUGCCCUGUCAGAGCACCUGCACUUUGCAGCCAACCUAUUGUCUCAAUGGGGGCCUGUGUGAAAUAAUCCCCGGGCACGGAGCAACCUGCAGAUGCCCUGUAGGUAAAUACUGGCACUACCAUGGAGAACGCUGCAAUGAGCUGGUGUCAAUGCCGUUAGACCCUCCUCUAAUCAUAACCUGCCUCGUGGGAAGUCUCUGCCUUGUUUGUGCUGUCAUUGGCAUUUUGAUAUUAAUUAACAAGAAAUGUCUAAAGACCAGAAAGGCUGUAACACUAGUGCACACCCUUGCUCCCUAUGCCUUUGAGAAUACUUUGAGGGUGAACCCAGUAUUUGAAAAUGAUGACGGUGUCUUAACUCAAGUGUCCACAUUGCCAUGCCCUUCAAGUUCUGCUUCUUCCCAAUCCCAACAGUCUGAGCAAGAACAUUUUGCCUCAAUUGAGAAUAUACAUCUGAGUAUUGAGAUCCCCAGACAACUCUACACAACAAGAUCAGAAAAGUUAAUCUCAGAAAUGGUGGACUUUCAUCACUGCAUUCCACACAAUGAGACGUGGCGACUUCCAAAUGAAUACAGAACACGUUGUCUUUUAAGGGCAUCAGAUAACGAAUGUUUUGAAGUAACAGUUCUUUGAUGACACCUGAGGAGGAGCCAACACGGUGACACAGAGCAAAACACGAGGAAUAGAUGACUGAAGCUCCCGUUAAACUGUAUGUGGGAUGCACGAGCAGAUGCAGGUACAGUAGACCAGUGAUUGAGAUUAUUUGUUCAUAGUGAUGAAGGUGUCUUGUUAGACAGAGAGCUAUGGAUGUUAAGGUGGACUUAGGUUAUCUUGCAGUGGAAUCUAAUAUUUAUUUUCUAUAUUAAAUGGUAGGAACAUUUCCUCUAUACCCUUGGCAAAGGUUGUUUUUUUACCUCACAAUGAGGUAUUUAUUAUUUACAAAUUGAUACACAUGUUGGUAUCUUAACUUUAGACUGUACGAUGUUGUUCAUUUUAAUGCUGCUCUUAAACUUUGUUGUGUCCCAAAAAGAGAACGAAUGUAUAAGCUGUUGACUUUUGUCAUGACAUAUUGUGCAUAGAAAUACUGGCUGCUUUUCUGUAUGUCCCUCAUUUUGUCCUAUUCAAAACAACUUUCCACUUAUUAUUUGUCUUCUGAGA